AUCUCCCGAAACAUUGCCUACUAAAGUAUCAUGUUUAAGAAAUGAUAAACUUUCUACAAUAAUAUGAAUAUUGAACAGACAAAUUAUUUCACCUGCUCUUAAGUUCUGUUUGUGAUUGCGAUUCGUCUGAAUUCUUUUGCUUAUUUUUUUCAUACAAACGUAUUAUUUGAGCAACUGUGUUGACAUUAAAAGUGGUUUUAAGAUUUCAUAAGCACUUUCGUAUUUCCUAUAUGUUACAUUUUUAGUAGAAUUUUACCAAUCUGAACUGAUUGGUUUAUUCUGCUCACUGCAAAACAUUCUGUUCUGUACUGCUAUCGUCAGUAUGGUGAUGUAACUAGUCCUUGUUACGCUACACUUUUUUGCCCAAUUUCUUAUUCCACUUUAAAACUAUAUAUCCCCUCAAAUUUUCCGAAUAUGUUAUAAGCAUGUAAAGAAUUGUUAAAACAGAAAAAUUGGGGCAGUUUUAGACUACCAAUCUUCUUCAUUAAAACAAUAAAAAUACAUGCAAAAUAUUUUUUCCUUGAUGUUUUUUAGUAUUGUUUCUUUUUUUUCUUUCUACGUGGCCGUUAGGAUCGCCAUAAAUAGGGUAUUUGGUUUUUAAUAUGUGGUAGGGUACUGAAUAAUGUAUUUUUAUAUCUGCAAGCUUGACAAGCAUACACAAAAUGAGUUGUACUCUUGCUGAUUUCAAACUACCUAAGCCAGAUGUGAGGUUGGUAACAAUGGGAAAUACUGUGUACAAAGUGAAGUUGAGAUAUCGAAAUGAACACGAACUAAGUGAAAAGAAAAAGUUUGAUAAUGGCUUUUGGAAGCAAGCGAAAGUACAGUAUGAUAUUGAGAGAGUGAUAAAAUAUGUUUUACAGAACGAAAAUAAUAUCGAUCCAAUACGAACAGACGACCUCGUUGUGUACCCUUAUAAAAAAGAAUGGGCCAAUGCUUCGAAGUUGCAGUUCUCAAAAUACAACGAACAACUGAGCACUUCACCGUGUUUGUUUCUUUUUUACAUCGAACGCUUGGCUAAAGAUAAAAUUGACUUUGUGCUCUCAGAUGAAGAGCAGAAGUUGCAUUCAGAAUUAACGAGCGUAUCUCCUGAGCAGAAAGCACACAAGAGAGUGUAUUCACAGGGUGACAUGAAGAGUAGAAAGAGGAAGAUGUCGGACAGUUCUAACGAUUCAGAUUCCUUCAUGGAACAUGGUAGCUCGAGUAAUGACGAAAAAGCAAGAGCUGAUCAAAAAGGUUACGUCAUGAGUUUUUUUGAUUUAUUAUUGACGCCAAUGAAGAGACUAGGGCGGAUAUGGCGUUAGUAUUAGAGUAUUAGAAAUGACCGAAAAUGAAAGAAUUAAUUUGAAUUAUUUAUAAAGACUUGUUAUAAUGUACAUUGAAUUGUUGUAAAUAGUUAUUGGAUAAAUUGAGUUUAAAAUAACUAA